AUGGAGACCUUCUCUUUGUUACUACUUGGCCUGGGGUUGGUUCUUGCAGGAGUUUCAGAAAACAUAAUGGAGAUAAUUAAAGAAGAAUUUACAGAGGAAGAGAUGAAAUGUGACAUGCCAAGAAGUGGCAAAGAAAAAACCAUCGUUGAGGUAUUAAUGAACUUGACCCUGGUAGAUAAAAAUACCAGCCUCAGCACAUCCAAGGAUGCUAUAUCUUCCUCAUCAAUGACAUUUAGAAGGUUACAUUAUAGCAUCCCCAAGGGAAACAGUUCAGGUGAUGGCAAAGGGUGUUCCAAUGACAUGACAGUUUGGAGAAAAGUUUCAGAAGCUAAUGGAUCAUGUGGGUCGAGCAAUAACUUCAUCCCUGGCUCUUUGGAAGUGAUCCCUGGGGUCCACAAGGCCCCCAGCUGCAAGUUUGAACAGAAUCCUGGCUUAAGCUGCUGUGGGAGUCCAAAACUGGAGAAUACUAUGUGCCAGCUCACUUCAGGCAAACAAUUCCCCAGGUGCCCAUACCACAGUGUUACUUCAUUAAAGAAAAUGUUGACUGUGCUGACAGGUCAUUCUCUGAUGAGCUGGCUAGUUAGUGGCUCUAAGUUGUAA